UUUGGUUGCUGUUGUGGUUGUCGUCUAAAAAAGUCUCUAUCUGGUGGAGGAAUUCCGGCCUGUCAGCUAUUUUGGUUCCUGUCUUGCUUUCACUAUUUUGUGAAAGGAGACGUAAAAAGGAAGGAAGAGGAGCGCGAGAGAGAUCGACAGAGAGGAGGAGAGGCAGACGUAUACAGUCUGUACGUCUUGUUGAGUGUCACUUGUUUGCCGAGGAAGCCGAGGAGAGUAGAAGCGGCUCCUGCUCACCAAUCGCUCUUCUUCUUCUCUUUGGUCCCAGAAACGUUGAAGAGACAACAUGGUUCGAUGGUUCCACAGAGAUAUCACAGGCCUGCAGGCCGAGGACAUACUCAAGACUCGAGGCAUUCAUGGCAGCUUUUUGGCUCGGCCCAGCAAGAAAAAUGUUGGCGAUUUCUCCCUGUCUGUAAGGGUGGGUGAGCUGGUGACCCACAUCCGCAUCCAAAAUACAGGAGACUACUAUGACUUAUAUGGCGGUGAGAAGUUUGCCACGCUGUCAGAGCUGGUGGAUUACUACACGGCGGAGAACGGCAUCCUGCAGGACAAGGACGGCACCGUUAUCGAGCUCAAAUAUCCCCUCAACUGCUCCGACCCCACCACAGAGAGGUGGUACCACGGUCACCUAUCAGGGCCCAACGCCGAGAAGCUGCUCUCUGUGAAAGACGAGCCAGGGACCUUCCUAGUCAGAGAGUCGCUGUCCAAACCUGGAGACUUUGUCCUCUCCGUUCUGACGGACGAGAUCAGCAAAAGCGGAGGAAAGAGGGUCUCACACAUAAAGAUAAUGUGCCAGAGUGACAGGUAUACCAUCGGAGGCUCAGACAUGUUUGACACGCUGACAGACUUGGUGGAGCACUACAAACGCAAAGGCAUCGAGGAGAUCUCUGGAAACUGGGUUUACCUCAAACAGCCGUAUUACUCCACUAGAGUGAACGCAGCAGAUAUUGACAGCAGAGUGAAACAGCUGGACCAGACCACACAGAAGCAGCAGGAUGGCGAGGGAGAGAAAAGCAAGGCGGGCUUCUGGGAGGAAUUCGACGCUCUUCAAAAGUUGGAGGCAAAGGUGAAAAAGAGCAGAGAUGAGGGCCAAAGACCUGAAAACAAGAGCAAAAACAGAUACAAGAACAUUCUUCCAUUCAAUGACACCAGGGUCAUCCUGCAGGACAGUGAUCCCAAUGUUGUGGGUUCAGAUUACAUCAACGGCAACUAUGUGAAAAACAAACUGCAGGAAUCCGAAGAUCAGAAAGUUUACAUUGCCACUCAGGGGUGUCUAGCAACAACAGUUAAUGAUUUCUGGCAGAUGGUAUGGCAAGAGAGGACCAGCGUGAUCGUGAUGACAACAAGAGAGGUUGAGAAAGGACGGAAUAAAUGCGUUCCAUACUGGCCUGAGCUCCACUCAACUAAGGAGGUGGGCCGCUACGUGGUGAGCUGCGAAUCAGAGAGGGAAGCUGGUGAUUAUAAAAUCCGAGUCCUGGAGAUCGCACCGCUGGACCAGCCAAAACAUGCUCGUAAAGUGUGGCACUACCAGUACCUCAGCUGGCCAGAUCACGGCGUCCCUCAGGAGGCAAGCGGUGUCCUCGGCUUCCUCACUCAAGUGAACUCUAAACAGGCUGAAUUUCCUAACGCCGGUCCCAUGAUCGUCCACUGCAGUGCUGGUAUUGGUCGAACGGGCACAAUCGUGGUAAUUGACAUGAUCAUCGAGACCAUUGAUACUUUAGGUCUGGACAUUGAUAUUGACAUUGCGAAAUACAUUCAGAUGGUGCGAGAGCAGCGUUCUGGUAUGGUGCAGACUGAGGCCCAGUACAAAUUCAUCUACCUGGCUGUGGCUGAGUACAUACAGAUCACCAAGGCCAAAGACUCCGCCUCAAUGGAAGCCGAGACCGAGUACGGAAAUCUCCAAGUCAAACACCAACCAGCGGGCAGAGUGGUUUCAAAAAACAGAGAGGACGUUUACGAGAAUCUGUCAAAAGGAAAGAAAGACGCGAAAAAGUCAAAGUCAGACAAGAAGAGUGGCUCUGUGAAAAAGAGAUAGAAGACUCUGGGAGGUUUUAUCAAAGUAUGUCAUGUUAUAUUUAUGCAGACACCCUUGUUAAUGCAAUCUUUUUGUUGAAGCCUUACGCAAAAUAAAAGGAAGGUUUAGAAAAACAGCAUAACUUGAUGACAUCGUCUAUGCUACAUGAUUGCUUGGUUGAUGUUUGUUCAAAAUAAAG